AUGCGAUCCGCAACAUUCUCCAGUCUCGCCAUUCUGGCUUCUUCUUUGCUGGUCAAGGAAGCAUUGGCCGGUCGAUACGAUGUCCGCAAGAGAGCCAAAGUAACAGAGCUCGUCGUCAUCUCAGAAGAAGUCUACGUUACCGCCGAACGAGAUGGAUCAUUCAAGACCGGUGCACAUAUACCAGUCGCCACAGUUACUAUUCAUGGCUCAGCUGGCUCAGCUAAGGUCGAUCAUGAUCCAGUCGAGGUCAACAAGCCGGUAGCCGUUCCAGUCCAGGCCAACCAGCCAGUAGCUGAUGCAACAACCUCCGCCAAAGCCGUACAGAAGCCUACCCAAGCUGCAGGUGACAAUGGCGCUGCGUUUGCUGAGAAGCCUAAGCCCGACCCCCCUUCCACUCAUACCCCCAAGAAGACCACACUUGCAACCGUCAAGGCACCAGCUGCCCCCACACCUUCAGCUCCAUCAAACACUAGCCCAUCCUCUGGCGUGAAGCGUGGUAUCGCCUACAACGACCAGUCACUGCUCAGUGCCUUCACCUCAAGCGGGAAAUUUGGCUGGGUCUACAACUGGGGAUCCGCACCUCAAUACAACGGCGCGACUAUCCCAUCUGGACUCGAAUUCGUCCCUAUGCUCUGGGGCAACACGACCGAUUACACCCAGAGCUGGGUCUCGAAUGCUGAAAAGGCUAUUGCCAGCGGCUCAAAGCACCUCCUCGCCUUCAAUGAGCCUGAUCGUGGCGAUCAAGCCAACAUCGACCCCGUAACUGCCGCCACCGGCUACAAGAAGUACAUGGAGCCCUUCGCCGGUAAAGCCCAGCUGGGCUCACCCGCCGUCACCAGCGAUCAACAAGAUCCUACGAAGGGAAUUCCAUGGCUCAAGAGAUUCCUCAGCGCUUGCGACGGCUGCACUAUCGAUUUCAUCAACAUUCAUUGGUAUGGCGGCGGUGACCUUGCGCUGGCUGUCAAGAAUUUCCAGGAUCAGGUUCAGGCUGCAUACAAGGCGGGCGGCAGCAAAAAGCCUAUCUGGGUCACCGAGUUCCGAUAUGAAGGAGCUGAUGCAAAUGGUUUCCUCAAGCAGGUUAUCCCAUGGCUGGACUCGCAAGCAUCUGUCGAGAGAUAUGCUUACUUCAUGGCGGCGCAGGGAUUCUUGACUGACGGCAAGGCACUCUCCACCACCGGAAAGACCUAUGUUAGCUUGUAA